UUUUCCACAUACUCAAUUGUCUUUUUGUUGUCGUCUAUAUUUACGUGUGUUUUAUUGCUCAUUACUUUCGUUUUUUCCGUGUUCAUAUUCCAUCCGACUUUGGCGCUAUCACUAACUAUCUCUUGACGCAUCUGCUGCAAGUCUCCUGGUGUUUCAGCUAUUAUGAUAAGGCCAUCAGCAAAUCUCAAAUGAUGUAAGCAUUGUUAACACCCUUUUGGUUCCAAUCGAGGCACCGAAAUAUUUUUUUCUAACACUGCUGAAAACAGUUUAGGUGAUAAGGGUCUCCUUGUCUGACGCCCUUUUGUAUUGGGAAUUGUUGCCCUAUUCUCUUUCAUUCAUACAUAUGUUCAUAUUGCAUUCCUGACCUUUUCAGGUUUAAUAUGGCUGACAGUCCGGAUUAUAGCCCGACGUCCGGGAACCAUGAACUGCAGCGCAGUCCAUUAAAUCCAGUCAUUAUUCUGGAAUUCGAUUCAUCAGAGUCGGAUUCACUCCAGCCUCCGGAGCGGGUGUACCAUGGACCCUGGACGCCUUACGCCGGUGUGCUAGGUUACACUGACACCCCGGCCCAGUCCGAAGACAGUAAUUCCAAUCUGGCAAUCAGUGACGAGUCGAGUAGAGCCACGUCUCACGAUGCCGCAACUAGAGAUGACGAAAGCCUCGGCGAACCCCCCGUCAAAGUUAGAAGACUGAGCUCACCCAAAAGAAGUGAUGAUGCCGACGGAGAGACUUGCCCUAUCUGCCUCGACUCAUGGGGCAACUCUGGUGAGCACAGACUCGUGUCAUUAAAGUGUGGACAUUUGUUCGGUGCGCAGUGUGUGGAGCGCUGGCUGCGCGCGCAGGCCGUCAAGGAACGGAGCUGUCCUACUUGUAAGUCGAAAGCUUCGCUAAAAGACAUUCGAUUCAUUUACGCCAAGCGCCUGGUGGCCGCCGACAUAUCGCAGAUCACCGCGUUGCAGAAACAGCUGAACACGCUGCAGGCGGCGAAGAGCAGAGUCGACCUGGAACUGGAGAAAAGUAAGAUAGCGCACCAGGCGUGCAUGCAGCAGUUGGAAGUACUGCGAAGUACGCUGAUGAAGGGUCACGGGGUUAAGGAGCAAGCACCGCGCCGAUCGUGGCGAUUCGCUCUCGAGAAGAAUCUAGAGAUAUCCAAGGACGGCGGCUGCCGGGUGCUGACGUAUAACUGCCGAACCUACGACCUUUACGUGUCGCAGAAGAGCACCAAUAGCCUGUUCCCGGGCUACGGCAUUCGAAAAGUGAGCUGCGUGGAUUACAAGCCAGGGCAAUUCGUGCACCUGCACCCCAAACCGAUCCGGGACAUCACGUACUCGCAGCCGCGGGAUCUAUUGCUCAGUGUGGGACUGGACGGCUCCGCGCGCGUGUUGGAGCGCGGCAUCCCCGGCGCCAGCGUGGCGUGCGGCAUGCCGCUGUGGUCGUGCUCGUGGGACCACAUGCGCAGCCACGAGUUCUACGUGGGUGGCGUGGGCGGCGCCGUGCAUCAGUACGACGUGCGCAACCCGGGCGCCUACCUGCGGCGGCUGGUGGCCCCCGGCGACCUGUCGCCCGUGGUGUCGCUGUGCUCCACGGAGCACGGCCUGCUGGCGUGCCAGCUGAACUCGUGCUGGUUGUGGGCCGCUGGCGCCGAUGAGUGGGAGCCGCGCGCGCUGCCGCUCGAGCCGCCCUUCAUGUCGCUGUGCUACGACGAGGAUAGCCGGCGCGCGUUGGUCGCAUCGCGGCCCAGCGGCCUGGAGCGCUCCAAGCUGACGCUGUGCCGGGUGCGCGCGGGCGCCGUGGACGUCGAACAGAGCUUCGCCGGAUCGUCGCGCGCGGCGCUCAUGUCGCGGCCGGCGUAUGUGCGCGUGCCCGACGCGGCCUGGGUGGCAGCGCACUCGGAGAGCGACGGCUCGCUGCUGCUGCACGGGUUGGACGGCGUCCGCACGCUGGCGCUGCCCGCGUCGGAGCCCGCGCUGGACGUGUGCGCGCCGCGCCUGCACGCCGACACGCUGCUGGCCGCGCUCUCUGACUCGCGCCUGCGCCUCUACAAGGCCGUGCCCACCGGCUGAUGACGCCCGCCGCCCGCAAGACUGAUCCGCCGUGUGCCCUGUGUGUCGUGUCAUGUACCUGUGUAUAAUUAAAAAAAAAUACAUGUGAGAUAACGAGUUGUAAAGUCGGUUUGUAAUGUAAUGUUAAACUUUUAGAAGGUGAUAUAUUAAAGCAGUAAUUGUU